UUGCAGCUUCCUCUCCCCGCACCUCGCGCCGCCCGCUGGAUGUUCUGACACCCACCCACCCAGCCGCCGGCCCGCUGCUAUGCCCGCGAUUCCCACCGCCUCGGCCGCCGCCGCUGCCAAUCCCAUCUUCGUGCUAGGCCACCGCCGCCAAGGCCUCCUCCCCUUCCCCUGCUACCCGUCCUCGUCGCCGCACUCUACCCGCCUCCCCGCCCGCCCCCGCGCCGCCGCCAUGUCCGCGGAGGCGCGGCUGCCCGUGGCGCCGCCGGCUCACCCCACCUACGACCUCAGGGCGGUCAUCGACCUCGCCCUCUCCGAGGACGCCGGCGACCGAGGGGAUGUAUCUUGCUUGGCAACCAUACCUUCUGAUGUGAAAGCUGAAGCUACCUUUAUUGCAAAGGAGAAUGGUGUCAUUGCCGGAAUAAGCCUAGCAGAUAUGAUAUUUAAUCAAGUUGAUCCGACGUUGAAAGUUGAAUGGUUAGAAAACGAUGGAAAUUAUGUCCAUAAGGGAUUGCAAUUUGGGAGAGUAUAUGGCUGUGCUCGCAACAUCAUUGUUGCUGAAAGAGUUGUACUCAAUUUCAUGCAAAGAAUGAGCGGAAUCGCUACAAUGACAAAGGCCAUGGCUGACGCUGCUCAUCCCGCAUGCAUAUUGGAAACAAGGAAAACUGCUCCAGGUUUACGUCUCAUUGACAAGUGGGCAGUACUAAUUGGUGGUGGAAAGAAUCACAGGCUUGGCUUAUUUGAUAUGGUUAUGAUAAAGGAUAAUCAUAUUUCUGUUGCUGGAGGCAUAACAAAUGCAAUGAAAUCUGUUGAUCAGUUCUUGGCGAAGGAAAAUCUUACACUUCCUGUUGAGGUUGAGACAAGAACACUUCAGGAAGUAAAAGAUUUAUUGGAGUAUGCUGCUGGGAACAAGACCUCUUUAACUCGUAUAAUGUUGGAUAAUAUGGUUGUCCCUCUUGAAAAUGGAGAUGUAGAUGUAUCAAUGCUCAAGGAUGCUGUGCAGUUGAUAAAUGGUAGAUUUGAGACUGAGGCAUCUGGAAAUGUGACUAUUGAUACAGUGAAGAGAAUUGGAGAAACAGGGGUUACCUAUAUUUCAAGUGGAGCAUUAACACAUUCUGUGAAGGCACUUGAUAUAUCUCUCAAGAUAGACACUGAACUCGCUCUCCAAGUUGGAAGGCGCACAAAUCGUGCCUGACUCUACAGAACUAAUGCGGGCAUUGCAAGAUCUGCUGGUUAUUUCUGUGGCGUGGCUUGCCAGGCUAUCAAUCCAUGCCAUUCUCGUCAACUUGUAAGCGUUGAGUACUACAAGAAAUAUAAACCAACACCACAUUAUACAGCCAAAUAACAGUCUGAAAUCUGCAUACCGUCUUAGCAUAUGUACUUUGAAGGCGAAUAAUCUACAGGUAGAAAAAGAUGCAACUAGCGGCAAGUUAUCGAAUUUUAUCAGGCCACUUAGCUCUCAGCUAUUUCUAGUACAUUUUGCACCAUGAAAAUCGGCAAGGUGGAAACUUUAAAUGGGAGCGGAAUUGAACAUGUUGUGCACUUGUGUUUGACAAAAUAAACACUAUAAAAUGAUGAUGUUACAAACUUGACCUUUGUGAUCUAGAAAAGGAAGUCUAACACAAUAGUGUUUUCCGGCCUUGGCCUGUGGACGCGCUCCCUGAA